GCAUGGCGUCGGCAAUGGAAAUUGAUGACGAAGAAAACGAUUUACCAACUUCGAGUAGUAGUAAAGGGGAGAAGAAACGUUUUGAAGUAAAAAAGUGGAAUGCUGUGGCCCUUUGGGCAUGGGAUAUUGUAGUAGAUAAUUGCGCGAUCUGCCGUAAUCAUAUUAUGGAUUUGUGCAUUGAAUGUCAAGCAAAUCAAGCAUCAGCCACUAGCGAAGAAUGUACCGUAGCUUGGGGUGUAUGCAAUCAUGCAUUCCAUUUCCAUUGCAUCUCACGUUGGUUGAAGACUCGACAAGUUUGUCCACUUGACAAUCGAGAGUGGGAGUUCCAGAAAUACGGUCAUUAGCAGAGUGUCUCCAGCUGCCACAGACAUCAGAACCCUCCAGAAUGCCAAAGCCGACGCAGGUUUAAUUACUGUGUGAACAAAAGACAAGUAAACAAUUUGUUGUUACAUCAAUCUAGAAAAAUCGGUGGCAUCUCUCAGAGCGUCCGUAGCAGUUCUUCGAACGUGAUAAAGAAAUUAAAAAUCUGCUUGAAACACAAUGUGAUUAGGAUGCUAUUGC